GUGUGGCUGAAAAAAAUGUAAAAUACCGAAUCCUCGUUUAUAAUCUUUUCUUUUUUUUGCGUUUAUUUCUUUAAUUAUUAUUAUUAUCUAUAAUUUCGCAUCGAUCUACUCAAGUAGUACCUUACCAGUGAUCGGUGAGAAUAACAAAAAAAUUAUCUAGUUUUAUUAGUCGGGAGAAAAAAAAGUGCUGAAGAAACAUCAGCAACAUAAUCAUGCCGCCCAACGCGUCAAGCGCAACGUCGAGCGUCCAGGAAGAAUGCGACGGUUUAACGGCGCACUUGGACUGCCCGAAGGAGUUGCAAGCGAAAAUUGUCGCCGAGACAAAGGCCAUAAACAAACAGCUGGGCAUCGAGGACAAAGUUGAGAGAAAAAGAGGAUUUUUGGACUUUGGAACGAAAAUAAUAUGGCAGAACGCCAUCGCCAUUACGAUCUUUCACAUUUUGGCUUUCUAUUAUUUUUUGACAUUCCCAUUCCGGAAACAUUUGGGAUUGUUCUUUUGGGGUUACAUAAUGGGUCUGAUCGGAGGGUUCGGAGUGACUGGCGGCGCUCACCGAUAUUGGACGCACAGAACUUACAAGGCGAAUCUGCCAAUGCGCGUGAUUCUGAUGCUCAGCUACUGCAGUGCCGGUCAAAACAGCAUCUACGACUGGGUGAGGGAUCACCGAGUGCAUCACAAGUUCUCGGAGACCGACGCUGAUCCGCACAACAGCAAUCGCGGCUUCUUCUUCGCCCACGUCGGCUGGCUAAUGCUGCGCAAGCAUCCCGAGGUGAUCAGAAAAGGACGCGAGGUUGACAUGAGCGACGUGCUCGCCGAUCCCGUGGUGGUGUUCGCCGAAAAGUACUUUGUGCAGCUGAAGCUGUUGACGUGCUUCGUCCUGCCCGUGCUGUUCGCGGUGUACGCGUUCGACGAGGAUUGGUACCCGGCCAUCAUAACCCAAUGGUUCCUCCGCUACUCCCUGCUGCUUAACAUCACUUGGAGCGUCAACAGCGCUGCUCACCUGUGGGGAGUGAAGCCUUACGACAAAAACAUCUCGCCGGUGGAAAAUCGAUUCGUGUCCUUCUGGGCGAUGGGCGAGGGAUGGCACAACUACCACCACGUGUUCCCGUGGGACUACAAGACAGCCGAGUUCGGUCACUACCAGCUAAACACUACCACCCUGUUACUCGACUUCUUCGCUCUGUUCGGCUGGGUCUACGAUCGCAAGCAGCCUUCCAAGGAGCUCGUGAAAUCGGUAGCCCAGAAUCGAGGGGAUGGCAACCACGGUCACAGCUGGUGGAAAGAAGUUUCAGAACCCGCAUCAAAAGAUGAUUAACGCGCGACUUUUCGCUGCUCCUAUUGUAGAUACUUUUUCUUUCCAUAACUGUUAUUUAUCGUACGGACAUUUAUUUUUCAGACGGACUCUGGUACCGCGGCGGUAGAAAGAAAAAUCGAAGCUUUAUCUUUCACAGCGCGCUCGCUUCUUUCUCAUCACGGAGAAGCGAGACGUCGUCGAGCUCGAAAUUCCACACGAAAAACGAUUUUAUCUUUUGGUUCGUAGGUGAGCCUACGUUAAAGGCAGCUUUAAUUGCAACAAGCGUCACGAAAGCGUCCACCUGUACGCCGUCCAUGCAAAAUCUAGAUGUAUACCUUUGCGAGUCCUUCAUUGUCGUUGUGAUUUUUCAUGUACGAGAAGAGAAGCAAAUAAAAGUCUGAAAAUGA